AUCUCAUCAGAGAAAUUUUCCCGGUGAGAUCAAAAUGUUACUCCUCCGGCGUUCUAUCAGAGGAAGCCUCUUCUCUAUAUUCACCACCGACUUUACAGUCUCCAGUGUGACUACUGUUCGCCAUUUUACCAGUCUCGAGCCUUUGCAAAGCUCCGAUUCGACCCCAACCAAAGGCGAUUACUUCGCCGCGAUCAACCACGUCGUCAACAUCGUCCGCCGGGAGGUUCACCCGGAGAGAUCACUGAAUCGUCUCCGUCUCCCUGUGACCUCCGAAUUCGUGUUCAGAGUCCUCCGCGCCACCUCCCGAUCCGCCAACGAUUCCCUCCGCUUCUUCAAUUGGGCUCGCUCCAGCCCUAACUACACACCAACGUCUAUAGAAUACGAACAGCUUGCGAAAUCCUUAGCUUCACAUAAAAAAUACGAAUCGAUGUGGAAAGUCCUCAAACAGAUGAAGGAUUUGUCUCUCGACAUCUCCGGCGAGACUCUCUGCUUCAUCAUUGAGCAGUACGGCAAGAAUGGCCAUGUAGAUCAAGCCGUGGAGCUCUUCAAUGGCGUCCCCAAGACUCUCGGUUGCCAACAAACCGUAGAGGUUUACAAUUCGUUGCUCCACGCGCUUUGCGAGGUGAAGAUGUUCCAUGGCGCUUACGCUUUGAUCCGGCGAAUGAUAAGGAAAGGUCUCAAGCCGGAUAAGCGAACGUACUCUGUCUUGGUUAACGGAUGGUGCUCCGCCGGAAAAAUGAAGGAGGCUCAGGAGUUUCUUGAUGAAAUGAGCCGGAAAGGGUUUAAUCCACCGGCUCGUGGCCGUGAUUUGCUGAUUGAAGGGUUGUUAAACGCUGGAUACUUGGAAUCUGCUAAAGAGAUGGUGAAGAAGAUGACCAAAGGAGGGUUUGUUCCUGAUAUCCAUACUUUUAACACACUGAUUGAAGCUAUAUCUAAAUCAGGGGAAGUUGAUUUCUGCAUUGAGAUGUAUUACACUGCUUGCAAGUUAGGUCUUUGUGUGGAUAUCGACACUUACAAGACACUUAUACCUGCGGUUUCAAAGAUUGGGAAGAUCGAUGAAGCGUUCCGGUUGUUGAACAAUUGUGUGGAAGAUGGGCAUAAGCCGUUUCCUAGUUUGUAUGCUCCGAUAAUCAAGGGAAUGUGCAGGAAUGGGAUGUUUGAUGAUGCGUUUAGCUUUUUCAGUGACAUGAAGGUGAAGGCUCAUCCGCCAAACAGGCCGGUUUACACAAUGCUGAUCACAAUGUGUGGUCGUGGUGGGAAGUUCGUGGAUGCAGCUAAUUACUUGGUUGAGAUGACAGAGAUGGGUUUGGUUCCUAUAUCACGGUGCUUUGAUAUCGUCACCGAUGGGUUGAAGAAUAGCGGGAAGCAUGAUUUGGCUAUGCGAAUAGAGCAACUGGAAGUUCAACUUAGAGGAGCUUGACAGAGCUAGACUUAGAAAGGAUUUUUUGGGUUUCUCCUAAGCUCUGAUACUUGGGAUCCUGUGUAAAAUCAGCUGCUUUUCCUUUGAUUUACCCUGGUUCGGCUCGGUUUAGUUAGGAAUACAAUUAUUGUGUUUGAAGCUUACUAUCGGUUAGGUUAUACUUUGGUUUGGAGUUGAGCUUAGAUGCUGUCUACGGACUCGGGUUUUUCCACAGUCAAAGAGACGAAAAAGAAAGAUAUAAAUUUUGUUGUGUGGUUUUUGUGGUUUUUACUCAGAUAAUUUUGACUUGACCUGUUCUUGAAAACCAGAACUUGUUUGUUCAUUCUAAAAGGCAGUGUUCCUUUAACGUU